AGCGGUGGCGGUGGCGGCGGAGGCUUUGGCAGCUCGGGACUGAGUGCAAGUAACAGAAUCAGCAUGAUUCUUCAGAGGCUCUUCAGGUUCUCCUCUAUCAUUCGGUCAGCAGUCUCAGUCCAUUUUCGGAGGAACAUUGGUGUUACCGCAGUAGCAUUUAAUAAGGAACUUGAUCCUGUACAGAAACUCUUUGUGGACAAGAUUAGAGAAUACAAAUCUAAGCGACAGACAUCUGGAGGACCUGUUGAUACUGGUCCAGAGUGUCAGCAAGAGCUGGAGAAGGAGCUUUUUAAGCUCAAGCAAAUGUUUGGUAAAGCAGACAUGAAUACAUUUCCCACCUUCAAAUUUGAAGAUCCCAAAUUUGAAGUCAUCGAAAAACCCCAGACCUGAAGAAAUAAAGUAAAAUUAAUCUGGUAAUUUGUCAUGGGUUAGCUGUACAACUAGUUAGGUGUUUCAGAAUAAACAUGCAUUUCAUAACUG